AGCAAGUCAGUGCCAAGUAUCCCUACACAGUAAGGAGAUGUCAACCAACUGAACGUUGUCCAAGCCAGUCCGAUUAGCUAUUGUUUGCUGGUUUGAUUGCAUGGAUGGGGAGAAGAAGCAGCUGAGGCCGAUGAUCGGAGCCCCGGGCCAGAUCGGGGCCAAUGAGGAGCCCCAGAUUAUGGGCUGGAGUCGGCACUAAACCCCGAAGUGGCUAGACGCCAAAGAUGGGCGAUCCCCGACUUAGGCAAGUCUGAGUUCUCGCUCUCCUGCCCUUGCCUUAAGGUUACGCUUCCUCUUCCCUCUCCUCUCUUUUUCCCGUUUUUCCAUUCUUCGUUGUGAGCCUCGCCUCUCAAUCUUACUUUCGUCGGGUUAGGCAGUCAUCCGCCGUCAAGAUGAUGCCCUUGAGACCGUCAAAAUGCGCUCUGCGCACUCUGCACUAUCAGAGGUACCUCACCUCUGGCAGAAGGACUUUUACCACUGCCGCUGCGUCGCCCCACCGCUUCGUCGCGACGCAGAAAAGAGCCCAGAGCACUGCUGCCGCCACAGCCUCCAACACGAGACCUAUUCCCAGUCCUGCUUUCAACCAAGAACCUCACCGCAAUGAAGUCUCGCCACUCCAAAACCGCCAGGUUCCCGAGUUGGACGACUCUUUCGUCGGACUCAGCGGUGGUGAGAUUUUCCACGAGAUGAUGCUGCGUCUUGGCGUCAAGCACGUCUUCGGUUACCCCGGAGGUGCCAUUCUUCCUGUUUUCGAUGCCAUCUACAACUCCAAGCACUUCGACUUCAUUCUUCCCAAACAUGAACAAGGCGCUGGACAUAUGGCUGAGGGCUAUGCCCGUGCCUCCGGCAAGCCCGGUGUCGUCCUCGUUACCUCCGGUCCCGGUGCCACCAAUGUUAUCACCCCGAUGCAGGAUGCUCUCUCCGAUGGAACUCCCAUGGUCGUCUUCUGUGGUCAGGUCCCGACUAGCCUGAUUGGUACCGACUCUUUCCAGGAAGCCGAUGUGAUCGGUAUCUCUCGCGCCUGCACCAAGUGGAACGUGAUGGUCAAGUCCGUGGCCGAACUCCCCCGCCGUAUCCAGGAAGCUUUCGAGAUUGCGACCAGUGGCCGCCCUGGACCCGUCCUCGUCGACCUGCCCAAGGAUAUCACCGCCGGAAUUCUUCGCAAGUCUAUCCCCAUGAACAGCACCCUUCCGGCUCUGCCCAGCGCUGCCAGUAUGGCCGCCCGCGAAGUGAGCAUGCAGCAGCUCAAGAGCAGCAUCGGCCGCGUCGCUCGUCUCGUCAACAUGGCCAAGAAGCCUGUUCUGUACGUUGGUCAGGGUCUCCUCGCCCGUCCUGACGGCCCGGAGGUUCUGAAGGAGCUUGCCGACAAGGCCUGCAUUCCUGUGACCACCACUCUCCAGGGUCUGGGCGGUUUCGACGAAUUGGACCCCAAGGCGCUUCACAUGUUGGGUAUGCACGGUUCGGCAUAUGCCAACAUGGCCAUGCAGGAGGCUGACUUGAUCAUUGCCAUUGGUGCUCGUUUUGAUGACCGUGUCACUGGUAACAUUUCCAAGUUCGCUCCUCAGGCUAAGCUGGCCGCCGCUGAGAAUCGCGGUGGUAUCGUUCACUUCGAAAUCAUGCCCAAGAACAUCAACAAGGUUGUCCAGGCCAACGAAGCCGUCGAGGGUGACUGUGCGGAGAACAUCCGUCUCCUCCUUCCCCAGAUCGAAGCUGUGCCGGAGCGUAAGGAGUGGUUCGAGCAGAUCAACGACUGGAAGGCCCGUUUCCCCUUCUCCCUCUAUGAGAGAGAGACUGAGGAGGGCCCGAUCAAGCCCCAGGCCGUCAUCUCGAAGCUCAGUGAUCUCACUGCUCACAUGAAGGAUCGUACUGUUAUCACGACUGGUGUCGGUCAGCACCAGAUGUGGGCUGCCCAGCACUUCCGCUGGCGCCAGCCUCGUACUAUGAUCACCUCUGGUGGUCUCGGUACCAUGGGCUACGGUCUUCCCGCCGCUAUCGGUGCCAAGGUCGCUCGCCCUGACGCUCUAGUUGUCGAUAUUGACGGUGAUGCUUCCUUCAACAUGACCCUCACUGAGCUGUCUACUGCCAACCAGUUCAACAUCGGUGUCAAGGUUCUCUUGAUGAACAACGAGGAGCAGGGUAUGGUGACGCAAUGGCAGAACCUGUUCUACGAGGACCGCUACUCCCACACUCACCAGAAGAACCCCAACUUCGUUCCUUUGGCUGAGGCUAUGGGAGUUGCGGCUCAACGGUGCACCAAGCCCUCCGAGGUUGAGGCUAAGCUCAAGUGGCUAAUUGAGCAUGACGGCCCUGCUCUUCUGGAGGUGAUCACUGACCGCAAGGUCCCUGUUCUCCCCAUGGUGCCGGCUGGCUGUGCUCUGCAUGAGUUCCUUGUCUACGAUGAAGCCAAGGAGAAGGACCGAAAGGCUCUUAUGCGCAAGCGGGGUGCCCCUAUGUAAGCGACGGAGCUGACGCCGGCGGAGCGUUACGACGAUUUCAGUUUUCUAGUUGCAAAAGUGGCCUCGAUCCAUGAUCUGUUGAUAUCCACGGCGUUUCUGGCGGGUUCUAAAAACGCUCGCGGGUGCCACUCUGCGCCCACCCGACACUGAUUCCCCGACUCGGUUUGAGCCGGGAAUAGCGAACGACAGUACAGCAGCAUCGUUCACUGGGGGUGAUCGAGUACAUCACGGAGUGGGCAUCAUGUUCCUCUGGUUGGCUCGUUGAGCGCCGAGCUUUUCUUUUCUUAUUUUUCUGGGCAUGUUCUCAAUCGCAUUAUGGUUGGCCAGAAAAGUUGCCUUCUCGAUUCUAGUGAGUAUCUCUUGUAUAUAAUCCUUUCGCUGCUGUAAUCUCUUUAUGACUUGGAAAUACCAUGGAGGCAUAAAAAACG